AUGAAGCUGACCCGGAAGAUGGUCCUGUCCCGGGCCAAGGCCUCGGAGCUUCACAGCGUGAGGAAGCUCAACUGCUGGGGCAGCCGUCUCACUGAUAUCUCCAUUUGCCGGGAAAUGCCCAGCCUGGAAGUGAUCACGCUCAGUGUCAACAGCAUCUCCAGCCUGGAGCCCGUGAGCCGCUGCCGGCAGCUGAGCGAGCUGUACCUGCGUAAGAACCGCAUCCCCAGCCUGGCAGAGCUCAUCCACCUGAAGGGCCUCCCACGCCUGCGCGUGCUCUGGCUGGCCGAGAACCCCUGCUGUGGCACCUGCCCCCACCUCUACCGCAUGACCGUCCUGCGCACCCUGCCACAGCUGCAGAAGCUGGACAACCAGGCUGUGACGGAGGAAGAGGUGUCCCGGGCGCUGAUGGAGGGAGAGGAGGUCACGGCCCCCAGCAGAGAGGACUUGGGGAGCAGCCCACCUGAGCUGUCCUACACCCCGAGUGCUGUGGAUGCCGCCACUGAGACGACACAGGAUCCCCUGAGCCUCGGCGAGGGGGAGGCCAGCAGCGACCAGGGGCAGCUUGGCCUGAAGCCCACCUCCCGGGACCGGUUUCCUCCAUUCUCGCAGCGGGAGGCUGCAGGCAGUCGCGCAAGCAGGAACAACGUCCUGACGGCCAUCCUGAUGCUGCUGCGCGAGCUGGACGUCGAGGGACUGGAGGCCGUCCACCAGACCGUGGUCAGCCGGCUCCAGGCCCUGCACAAGCAGGAGUUGCAGGAGGACAUGGAGUGA